AUGGUUCACUUUAACUUAAGACUAUUAGAGCGAACACGCUACUCUGCCAGCAUGAUUAUACCCCCUGUCACAUCACAGACUUGGUCCAGGAAGAAAAAAGUUAAGACGAGAGAAUGUGGGAUUAAUAUAUUAGGCUGGAGUCAAGACUCAACCAUCAUUAGUCCUGUGAGGGGCAGGGCUAGCCAACUAGCCAUCCAAGUAUCCACCUCAACCCGCCCAGCCACCCAAGUAUCCAACUCAACCCGCCCAGCCACCCAAGUAUCCAUCUCAACCAUCCCAGCCACCCAAGUAUCCCACCUCAUCACCUCAUCACCUGCCCAGCCAGUAUCCACCUCAACCCGCCCAGCCACCCAAGUAUCCACCUCAACCCGCCCAGCCACCCAAGUAUCCACCUCAACCCGCCCAGCCACCCAAGUAUCCACCUCAACCCGUCCAGCCACCCAAGUAUCCACCUCAACCCGCCCAGCCACCCAAGUAUCCAUCUCAACCAUCCCAGCCACCCAAGUAUCCACUCAACCCGCCCAGCCACCCAAGUAUCCACCCCAACCCGCCCAGCCACCCAAGUAUCCACCUCAACCCGCCCAGCCACCCAAGCAUCCACCUCAACCAUCCCAGCCACCCAAGUAUCCACCUCAACCGCCCAGCCACCCAAGCAUCCACCUCAACCCGCCCAGCCACCCCAUCCACCUCAACCAUCCCAGCCACCCAAGUAUCCACCUCAACCCGCCCAGCCACCCAUAUCCUCAACCCGCCCAGCCACCCAAGUAUUCCAAGUAUCCACACCGCCCAGCCACCCAAGCCACCCAGCCACCCAAGUAUCCAUCUCAACCAUCCCAGCCACCCAAGCAUCCACCCCAACCAUCCCAGCCACCCAAGUAUCCAUCUCCAACCCGCUCAGCCACCCAAGUAUCCAUCUCAACCAUCCCAGCCACCCAAGUAUCCAUCUCAACCAUCCCAGCCACCCAAGUAUCCAUCUCAACCAUCCCAGCCACCCAAGCAUCCACCUCAACGAUCCCAGCCACCCAAGUAUUCAUCUCCAACCGCUCAGGCACCCAAGUAUCCAUCUCAACCCGCCCAGCCACCCAAGCAUCCACCUCAACCAUCCCAGCCACCCAAGUAUCCACCUCAACCGCCCAGCCACCCAUGUAUCCACCCCAACCGCCCAGCCACCCAAGCAUCCACCUCAACCAUCCCAGCCACCCAAGUAUCCACCUCAACCAUCCCAGCCACCCAAGUACCCAUCUCAACCCGCCCAGCCACCCAAGUAUCCACCUCAACCCGCCCAGCCACCCAUUUGAUAUUGACCGAUUAGAUCAUAUGGAAUCCUUACCGCCCACCAAGUUUUAUCUGACCAUCCAUCUUAACUUUCGCCUUGUUUGGCCAACUAAUGCAUAA